AUGGCAUCGACGCUGCCACAAUCGAGCAGCAAAGUGCAAAUGGCGACCUCGGUGGCGUUGCCGGCCAUCGGCACGGAUCACGUCGACGACUUGGUGACCAACCUCUUGGACAUGGUCGUGGUAAGCACCUUUGUUGCUUCAAGCCUGCGCACCGACCCCGUGCAGCGAAUCCUGCUCUGCCUCUACGUUGUCUGCGUGGUCGUCGUCGGCAUCCCGCUCGUGCUCCUCCCAGUCCUCGUAUGUCUCAAGGCCGACGGCGUCCUCACAGCAUCUUGGACCGCAACGCUGACGCCGCUUUGGAUCACGGACGUCGUGCUUCUCAUUCUCGUGGAUGUGAUCACGGACCCUUCGCCGCCCGCGUCACCCACCACACCGCUGCACGCUACGACCAGCGACGACGCCACUGUCGCUCUUGACGCUACCACCGAGGUAAGUAGCAGCCGCGAAACCGAUGAGGAGGCUGCUGCCCCGAGCAACGAUGCUGUCAGUUCCAAAAACGCCACGGCGCCGGACGUGAGCACCGAGGUGGUCGCAAGCACGAGCGACGAUGUUGCCGUCGACGCCAGCAACGACAACAGUGACACGACCGUCAAGCCUUUCCUGUCAAA